AAAAAAAAAAGAAAAAAAAAACUGUGCUAUAAAACUGUGCCAUAACAAGUAAGAGAUCUGCGCCAUACCAAUCAAACCCUUUGAGGAAGCUUCUGAGACAUAAAACACGGAUUCAAGGCCACGCAAGAACAACAUAAAAUGGAAAAUGGUCGUAGCAACAACGCGUUGAAGCCGAUGGACUCAGAGCAACUGAGAGAGUACGGACAUCGAAUGGUGGAUUUCGUUGCUGAUUAUUACAAAACCAUCGAGACUUUCCCUGUCCUUAGCCAAGUUCAGCCUGGUUAUCUUCAUAAUCUUUUGCCUGAGUCAGCCCCAGACCAUCCUGAAACGGUGGAACAAGUUCUUGACGAUGUCAAGGCCAAGAUAUUGCCUGGAGUAACUCAUUGGCAAAGCCCUAGUUUCUUUGCUUACUUCCCUAUUAACGGCAGCAUUGCAGGGUUCUUGGGUGAGAUGUUGAGUGCUGGUCUUAAUACUAUGAGUUUUAGUUGGGUUGCUUCUCCAGCUGCAACUGAGCUCGAAAUUGUCGUUGUUGAUUGGGUUGCAAAACUGCUCAACCUGCCAGAGCAGUUUCUAUCCAAAGGAAAUGGAGGUGGAGUAAUCCAAGGGUCAGCUUGUGAAGCUAUUCUCGUUGUUAUGAUUGCUGCCCGCGAUAAGGUCUUAAGAAGCGUUGGUAAGAAAGCACUUGAGAAGCUUGUUGUCUACUCCUCUGACCAGACACAUUCAUCUUUACAGAAAGCUUGCCAGCUAGCCGGUAUCCAUCUAGAGAAUUGCAGGGUCCUGAAAACAGAUUCAUCUACAAAUUACGCUCUGCGCCCUGAAUCGCUUCAAGAAGCUGUUUCUAAGGAUCUUGAAGCUGGAUUGAUUCCAUUCUUCUUAUGUGGCACUGUUGGAACAACUUCUUCAACAGCAGUUGAUCCACUAGCAGCACUGGGAAAGAUUGCAAAGAGCAAUGAGAUGUGGUUUCACAUCGAUGCAGCGUAUGCUGGAAGUGCUUGUAUAUGUCCAGAGUAUAGACAGUACAUUCACGGAGUAGAAACUGCAGACUCUUUUGACAUGAAUGCUCACAAAUGGUUGCUCACUAAUUUCGAGUGUUCCCUACUUUGGGUGAAGGAUCAAUCUGCUCUCACUGAAGCUCUUUCAACAAAUCCAGAGUAUCUCAAAAACAAAGCAUCUCAGGCAAACUUGGUUGUUGAUUACAAAGAUUGGCAAAUCCCUCUUGGACGACGAUUCAGGUCACUGAAACUAUGGAUGGUUUUACGGCUCUAUGGAGCUGAGAACCUUAAGAGCUAUAUAAGAAACCAUAUCAAACUGGCUAAAAUAUUCGAACAACUUGUCUCCAAAGAUCCUAACUUUGAGGUUGUGACUCCUAGGAUCUUUUCUCUGGUCUGUUUCCGUAUAGCGGCUGUUGAUAACGAUGAAAAGAAGUGCAACAACCUAAACCGCAGCCUCCUAGACGCAGUGAACUCUUCAGGAAAACUCUUAUUUUCUCACACUAUAUUAUCGGAAAAAUUCGUACUACGUUUCGCCAUAGGAGCGCCAUUGACGGAGGAGAAGCACGUGAAGGAGGCAUGGAAGGUUAUCCAGGAAGAAGCAUCAUUCUUGCUUUCCAAAUAAAAUAAGUUCAAAAGAACUUUAUGAGAAAACCUCCUAUAUAUCCUUGCCAACAAAGUGACAAACCGAAGCACUAGUUUGGUUUGAUUUAAUUUGAACUUCGGUUUGGUCUCCGAAAGUAUUUACUAUUUUGUGUGAUUGUGUGCAUUUUCUUUACCAAUAGAGUGUAUCUUAUCUCCUUUUCCCAGUUGUGUGUUUUAUCUAUUUGGUUUGGUUUUGUUGUGAUUAGCUAUAUAUGUGUUCCUAAUGACAACAAACUUGUUCUAAGCAUAUAUAAAUAUCAAUCUAUAAACUAUUAUGCUGUUAA